UGCCUCUCUCUCUUCACAUGGCAACCAUGUCUGCGACAGAGUAGGAGACCUGCAGAGGAUGAGGUCCCUGGUCAGCACCUCACACCUCCAGCUCGCCGCCUUUGCUCUGGGUACGGUAGGCUGGAUCCUGUGCACUGUUUCAAUGGGAAUUGUGGAAUGGAGAGUGUGGCACGUGGACAACACCACCAUCAUCUCCUCUGGCAUUGCCUGGGUGGGGAUUUGGAAAGUCUGCUUCAUCAGUUACCUUCACAUCUCGCCUGGCUAUAAAGAACAGUUCUGCCAUAAAUUCAGUGGCUAUGACUCCUCCAUCCCCCACGAAAUUUAUGCUGCUCAGGGUCUCCUGUUGAUCGCCAUGUUUGUGGGCUUGCUGGGACUGACUGCCACAAUAUUUGGUCUGAGAAAUGUUUAUAUGGGAAUCACUCGCAAAACUCUCAUUACCCGUUUCUUCCUGGUGGGUGGCUUCUUCUACAUAUCCGCUAGUCUGUGCGUCCUGGUUCCCGUGAGCUGGAAUUUCUAUUCUGUAGUGCACAACCAGAGCAUUGCUUUUCCUCCCUCUUACUACAUGCCCUCCAGCCCAGUGGCGCAGGAAGCUGGUGCUGCCAUUCCUAUCGGGAUUGUAGCUGUCAUCCUCCUGCUCCUAAGUGGGAUUUUUUCUCUCUCGUACAGAUUUCCAGUGACCUCAAACACUAUCACAAAAUCCUGA